AUGGUUGGCAUUGGACGCGGCGGUUUCGGCAACAGAGUUGCUUCUCCUAAAAUUUCUGCUAAGGAAGCUCCCGAUUCUCCUGAAAUGGAGGCUUGUUUAAGAGUUCCUUCUACACCUGCCCCUAUCCAGCAUUUUACUUCACCUAAUCAAACUUUCAGAGCUGGCCGUGGUGGCUGGGGAAACAAUAUGCCUGUUACUAAGAUGAAUACUAUGACUCCAACUGAGUACCUUAAGGAAGUUGAGCGUGCUACUGCAGAACCUUCUCGCUACAGUAUUGGCCGUGGUGGUAGAGGCAAUCUUGUUCAAAAAAACAAGAAAGAAGAAAACAACAGUGAUAAUCUUAAACCCAUGUUUUCUCUCAGAUCGCGAAGAUCUAUCAAUGAAGAAGAUGGCCUCUGGAGUCGUCUGAAAGUUACUUUGUCGAAUUAA